AUGAUCUCAACAGAUAACAACGAUAAUAAUAACAAUACAGACUCUACAGAAAAAGGACAGGAGCAGAUCGUAAUGAACUUUGUGGUCGACGAAAUUGUUAAACAAAUGGAUGGCCAUGGUCGUUCAAGCUGCCCAGAUUAUGAAAGUUCUUCUUUUAUGUCUUUACUCAAAGGAAGUGAAGUGAGAGAAAAAAUCACACAUGAAAUAUCCAAGUUUGUGAAGAUCAAAAUUGAAUGUUCACCACAUGGAUUUCAGCACAACCAAUUUUGUUCCCCUGCUCAAACAAAGUAUUCAUGCUAUGUGAAUGAUGUCAUUCGCGUUUCUGUGGUUUUUGAUCACAAAUUUUUGGAUUCUAUUGCAUCAGAACAAUCAGUCUCUCCCAUUGCUGAAAGUUAUUGUUCAAAGUUACUUGACAAAUGUCAAGUUCAAUUAAUGUCAUUCGUUGAAGGUUCAACACAAAACUCGAGUGAGAAAAACACAGCUGAAGAAUUGAAUAUCAUGAUGGGAAAACUGGGUGACAAAACCAAUGAGAAUGAAAAGUUUGGCUCGUUUCAUAUCCCAAGACCUUCUCAAAAACGAGGAAAGAAGAAGGAAAAGUCUACCGUUAAUACUGUGACCAAGAAGAUUGGUUUUGUGCAAUUGGUUCAUUAUGAAUCUAGGAAAGUUUUGGCUCGUAGCGAGAACUUGUGGAUAAGGUCAAAAUCAAGAGAAGAAAUGGAAACAAAGAAGAGAAGAUCUGUUUUGUCUUCCAAAAAGAACAAGAAAAGAAAGACAAAAACAGAGCUAUUAGACAAGGAAAACGAAGCUCAUCAUAAUGCAUUCAUCCAAGAACCUCUCAUGUCAGAACAAUUUAUUAAGGAUUUCUUUGAAAUGAAUGGAACUAACAGCAGCAACGAGGAGGAAGAACAAGGUCAGCCUCCAAGACCAAACAUUUCUGACCAGUCCCAUACCAAAGCAUAUCUUGCGUCAUCAGAUGCUAUCGAUCUUAAACCAAAACUUUCAACUCUUCCCAGCCAAGACUCUUCGAAUACCUCCAGCACCUCAUUCAACAAUGUCAUCAAUAGUAGUUCAGGCAUCAACUUCAACAACAUGGUCUAUCCAUUCUUCCCAACCUCAAAUGUAACUUCUUACUUCCCUAAUUGUCCCUCCAAUUUUGUUCCAAUCAAUCCAUGCUGCCACCUGAUACCUGUAAAUCCAUUUUUCUUUGAUAACUUUUCCAACCUCACCUCCUGCACCGAUCUUCCUCAAGAAACCGAUCACUUGUUUGAGUUUUCAGCAUUCCCAGAAGAUGAUUGUGGUCUGAAACGUAAACGCAGUCAACUUACUCCAACAGACUUGUUGAGUGACACCACCUUUGAUUUUGAAUUAAGUCCCAAGUCUCUUGAUGAAGAAUCUGUUUGUGACGAGUUCCCAAGUCCUCUUUCGAGUGUUUUUGGAGAACUGAAUUCACCAUCGUCGAAUCCUGCGUCUGCAACUUCAAACACUAGUUUUUGGGACAUGUUCAUGUAA